CCUUAAAAACUCGCCAUAUUGUGAUAAUAUUUGUAUCACGCAAAGUAGUAGAAGAGGCCAGGGCUUUCAACCAAAGAUUCAGUAACUUAAAAAAUGUCGGAUGUGUUUGGCUCUGAUUCCGACGAUUUGGAAUGGACUGGUGAUUUAGGGGAGUACGAUGGCGUAAGAAACGAGUCGGGCGAGAGACAUGGCGAAGGGAAAGCUGUUUUACCUAAUGGUGAUAUUUACGAAGGGACUUAUUCUCAUGGAAAGAGGCAUGGGGAGGGUGUAUACACUUUUCGAAAUGGAGCGAAGUACUCAGGAUAUUAUAAUCACGGCCUCAAGGAUGGCUACGGUGUGUUUGAUUAUCCUGAUGGCUCUAAAUACGAAGGAAAAUGGGAAAUGAAUGAGCGCAAUGGACAAGGAGUUUAUAACUAUGCUAACGGGGAUGUUUAUGAUGGAGAGUGGAGAAACAACUGUAAAGAAGGAAAAGGAGUGUAUACUUGUGCUGCAACCAAACUCAAAUAUGAUGGACACUGGGAAAAUGGAAAGCUGCAUGGACCAGCCAUUACAAAUCUUCCAAAUCAUGUCUACCUUGGAUCUUUUGUGAAUAAUAUGCCCUGUGGACCUGGUCGAUAUGUCUUUGACUUUGGUGUGGAGCAACAUGGGGAGUACAUCUUCCCCAAGAAUGAAAACGCUAAUGAGGAUAUGCAUGCCACAAAGUAUCCAGUUUGGCGAUGUCACCCAGACCUUCGUCCUCUUGGUUCCUAAUUAGAUAAAUAAACGAAAAAAAAAAAAAACUGGCCUAAGACUCAACUACUCCAUGUAAUAUGCAUAUUUUAAGGGAACUGGCCUUCAUUCAGUAAUUAAUUUGUAGUAUGUUAUUGAUAAUAUUUAUUUUUGCAUGCAAGCUUGUUGGUACUAAACCAAGUUGAAAGUUUUAAAAAAAGUUGUUUGUUUUAAUUUGUAGUCUUUUGUGAAA